UGUCUGAAUUCGUUCUGAGCAAGCCAACGCCAAGCAGGCCUUGCUCUCAGAUCGAUUUUUGCAUCUGCUGCUUUUACGAAGAAAGUGUGGCUCGUAGACCAGGAGGGUGAUAAAAACUUAAUCACCUCUCGUCCUGCAUAGUCGCGUGGAGCCAAAAUGGCGACCGGCCAACUGUUCUCGAAGAACACCCAGGCUCUUUUCUAUAACUAUAAGCAGAACCCGGUUCAACGGAUGCUCGAUUUCGACUUCUUAUGCGGCCGGAAUCUGCCUUCGGUUGCCGGCAUCAUCACACCGGGAUCUGAUGGCUUUCACAAGCUAUUCUUCGGCCAAGAGGAGAUCGCUCUACCGGUGCACCCCAGCAUCACGGCGGCCUGCAAGGCGCAUCCAACGGCUGACGUCUUCGUCAACUUCGCGUCGUUCAGAAGCGCCUUCGAGUCGUCGUUCGAGGCGUUGAAGCAGCCCACCAUCCGCGUGGUGGCGAUCAUCGCCGAGGGAGUGCCCGAGGCUGACGCCAAAACGCUCAUUGCCUAUGCGCGCGCCAACAACAAGGUGAUUAUAGGCCCGGCAACAGUGGGCGGCAUCCAGGCGGGAGCGUUCAAGAUUGGCGACACAGCGGGCACGCUGGACAACAUCAUCAGCUGCAAGCUCUACCGCCCGGGAUCCGUCGGAUUCGUCUCCAAGUCGGGAGGCAUGUCCAACGAGAUGUACAACGUGCUAGCGCGCACCACAGAUGGGCUCUAUGAAGGUAUCGCCAUCGGUGGUGAUGGCUUCCCAGGAUCCACGCUCUCAGACCACGUCUUGAGAUUCAACAACAUUCCGCAGAUCCGCAUGAUCGUUGUGCUGGGCGAGCUGGGCGGCGCGGACGAGUACUCGCUGGUGGAGGCGCUCAAGGAGGGCAAGGUGCACAAGCCCGUGGUGGCAUGGGUCAGCGGCACCUGCGCUACGCUCUUCAAGUCCGAAGUGCAGUUCGGCCAUGCUGGCGCCAAGAGUGGUGGGGAGAGCGAGUCAGCACAGGCGAAGAACGCGGCGCUCAAGGCAGCAGGCGCCAUUGUGCCCACGUCCUUUGAGGAUCUGGAGGCAGUAAUCCGCGCCACCUAUGAGAAGCUCGUGGCGGAGGGCGCCAUCCAGCCGGUGGCGGAGAAGAAGCCGCCCACCGUGCCGGAGGACCUCACAGCCGCCAUCAAGGCGGGCAAAGUGCGCGCGCCCACGCACAUUGUGUCGACAAUUUGCGAUGACAGAGGCGAGGAACCCACAUACGCGGGUGUGCCCAUCUCGACCAUAGUGGAGAAGGGCUUUGGCGUGGGGGACGUCAUGUGUCUGCUCUGGUUCAAGCGCUCGCUCCCCUCCUACUGCACCAAGUUCAUCGAGAUGUGCGUGGUGCUGUGUGCGGACCAUGGCCCCUGUGUUUCGGGCGCGCACAACUCCAUCGUCACAUCGCGUGCCGGCAAGGACCUCAUCUCCUGCCUCGUCUCUGGUCUGCUUACCAUCGGGCCUCGCUUCGGAGGAGCCAUUGACGAUGCGGCAAGAUACUUCAAGGAUGCUGUUGAGAGGGGCCUGAGCCCGUAUGACUUUGUGGAGGGAAUGAAGAAGAAGGGCAUUCGUGUUCCCGGCAUUGGCCACCGCAUCAAGAGCCGCGACAACCGCGACAAGCGAGUGGAGCUGCUACAGGAGUAUGCGCGCGCCUCCUUCCCCUCGGUGAAGCACAUGGAGUACGCGGUGGCCGUGGAGACGUACACGCUCACCAAGGCCGCCAACCUGGUGCUCAACGUGGACGGGUGCAUUGGCGCGCUGUUCCUGGACCUGCUGUCGUCGUGUGCCAUGUUCACCAAGGACGAGAUCGACGACAUCGUGGCUGUGGGGUACCUCAACGGGCUCUUCGUGCUCUCCAGGAGCAUUGGGCUCAUCGGGCACACGUUCGACCAGAAGAGGCUCAAACAGCCGCUGUACCGCCACCCAUGGGAGGAUGUGCUCUACACCAAGUAAGCAGGCAAUAGCAGGAUAUAAAGCAGAUGCACGAGAGAAGCGGUCUCAGCAACCGUACUCAUCCCUAAAUGGGUUCCGCUCCGUGUUAUCACUCUGUCCAUACCUUGGGACAUGGGAUACCUCUAGUGGUACUGUACUUGCGACUCUAGAUACAGUAACUCCAGAACAGCCAAUCAAAGCAGGCUCAAAAUAUGUCCACUUUACCGUAAACUCCCCGAUAAAGGAUCCGCCGGUAAGAGAGUGCAUGAGUCUUUCAUCCGGAUCUGAAAAGUUAUUUUGGCAGUCCUCGUGAGCAUCUGCUUGUUGGCAUUGAAGUUUUUAAAGCCCCUGGCUAAAAACACAAAGCAGGGGGUCACGUGAACCUUGUAUAAAUUUUGCUGGCAGAA